UUCGAUUACUUGAGAUAUUUGCUGUACGGCAAGUAAGUGUUCACAUUUCGAGCCCCACUUACUCUGUGGUACCCCCCUUAGAACGUUGAUUUAUCGAAACGCCUUCACACAAUGCGCCUCUCCCUCACCUCGCGCUGCCCAGUCUGCAGCAGCACGGAACAUCUUCUUCGGUGUCAAGGCUGUAAGGUCCAGGCUUACUGUGGUCGUGAACACCAGGUCUCGGACAGAGAUGCCCACAAGAAAGCGUGUAAUAGUGUCAAGAAGGCUCAGCACACGCUCGAUAUCGAGGAGCAAAAACUACGUGCUCACCCAGGAGACUUCAUGACUCCUCCGAACCUCUUUGAAGAGGGAGUGGGUCACUUUUGGGGUAUCCACGAAACACGUCCUUACAUGAGAGCUCGGUACGCACUGAUUGAGAGUCUCUUGAAGAUCCAGACAUCCCAGGCUGUACAGUCGGCUCUCAAUCAUGCCUUGGACAUGCUUCGUCUUUGUCGUGGUGACAAUAUUGGAGUUCGGGACUGUAUUCCCGCAAUGUUUUUGAGGUUGGGCAAGGACCAAGCAUGCUAUGAUUUUAUCAAAUGGUAUUUUACAACUGGCCAAGAUCCUCACUACGAUUGGGGUGACACGGACCUACCAUUUCUUGAUGUCAAGGAUGCCGAUUCCUUUGAGUCGGUCGAGCUUUACACUGGCACGUAUGCCGACAUUAGCUUCGUCGUGGCCGUCGCUCUAAUCAAGUUCCGGCUCUUGUUGGAUAUCAAAGCUCUACAGAACUCAACAGUUCUCGGUGAGAAAGUCCCCCAAGAACUUCUAGACAGUAUUCGUGGUCAACUUGUCAGUUCCAUUGUUGCCGGAAACAAGGAUAUCAUGCAGAAUCAGGACCAGACAGUCCUCAUCAAGAAGUUGGAGUCUCAGGUGGAAGAGCUUUUCAAAGCUGUCAAUACUUCGAACAAGUAUUUCUGGCCCGCUUUGCUUCGACCUGGCUCCAACCUCAACGCGCGACCCCAGAUGUACAGCAAAGGGACAGUCGAACACAUGCAACUGGUCCUUCAGUACUCUUAUGCAUCAUGGGUCGAGACCCCUGGAGCUAUCGAUAUGAUCAAGGAGCUAUCCAAGAAACAUACUGGCAACUGAUACUCUUUCGUUCGGCCUGGGCUUCAGGUGGGAUUGAGCCUUGCGCUCCUUGUCUUGCGGAAAUUUUAAAGUCCGAGAUAGUUGGGGCUGGCUGAGUUUGGGUUGCGUCUCUGUAUUCUGCUGGGAGUUGCCUCGUGGUGGCGUGGAUGUCAUUUGCUUGGGGGGUACGUCUAGAAAGAUCCAAGUGCUUCACAGCCCGUGAUGAGGCGCAAACUUGAGUCCCGAAAUGAGGAGUUACUAGCGUUGCUGCAAUACAAGAAGCCCAAAAUGAAUCUGGUAGCGGCAAAUGUCAUCUGUUUUCGUC